AGGAGGCCUGGCGCACCUGGCGCUCCCCGGCCCGGUCCGCCCCGCCCCUCACCGAGUACCUGGCGCCGGUGUCGGUCCCCGACACUCCCGUCCUCCUCGGAGGGCCCCCGCAGCCCCACGCCGGUCUCCGGAUCCCGGGGCCCCUGCUCCGCGGUCCUCGGCCCCCAGCCAUCCCACCGGACCCGUGACGGGACCUCCAACGCCGCCGGACGCGCCCGCCGCGCCCGCCGCGCUCCGGCCAGGAAUCUCCGACUUCCGCCGUGGGGCCGGGCUGGUGUUCACGUCGUCAUGCCCUCGCUCGGGGACCUGGUGCGCGACUGGCACCGGGGCGCGCAGGCCGUGGCGCGUGGGGACUGGGACUGCGCCCUGCGCCUCUUCUCGAGCGUCCCGGAGCCGCCCGCCAGGAUGAGCUUCAACGUGGGCUGCGUGCACCUGCUAGCCGGGGACCCGGAGGCCGCGCUGCGGGCAUUUGACCAGGCAGUGACCAAGGAUGCCUGCAUGGCUGUUGGCUUCUUCCAGCGAGGAGUGGCCAACUUCCAGCUGGAGAGGUUCCAGGAGGCCCUGUCCGACUUCCAGCGGACCCUGGCACAGCUGAGGGACAACGCCGCCAUCGACUACACCCAGCUGGGCCUGCGGUUCAAGCUGUGGGCCUGGGAGGUGCUCUUCAGCGUGGCUGCAGUGCAGAGCCAGUUGGGGCUCUGGGCGGAGGCCACCCGCACCCUAGAGGAAGCCAUCUCCAAGGGGCCGGAAGGGGCCCGCGAAGACCUGGACAUCGCCCUAGGCCAAGUGCAGAAACAGGCCCCCCUGCAGCCUCGGCAGGUCCCCAGGGGUGAGGUCUUCCGGCCACACAGGCGGCACCUGGAGCACCUGGAGCCCAUGGAUUUCCUGGGCAAGGCCAAGGUGGUGGCCUCCGCCAUCCCUGACGGCCCGCACGAGGACGCCCGACCUCAGCAGCCACAGGUGGGUGGGCAGCCUUCCAGCCACCUGACUUCUCCUCUGACGUUUUGCAGGCUCUCUGCGUGCGAGCUGAAGCCAGGCCUGCGGCUGCCGAACGGGCCCGUGACACAGGCCCCUCUGGACCUGGUACCCGCUGUGGCCCCAGGACCCCCCUUGAUGCGGAGAAGGAGGUCAGCUCUGGCCAGGCUGGGCGGGCUGACCAUGGCACACUGGUCACCAAUGAUGAGCGGGCUGUCUUGCAGGCCAUGCUCCUCACCACUGGCUCUGCUUGGACAGUGUCUGGGCGCCACCCCAGACGAGCUCCAGGCCCAGGGAAAGCUACCUCCACCCUCAGGGCCCCACCCCGGCCGGCAGAGCCCCAGCCUGUGGCUUUCCUUGCAGAGGCCCCACGUGGAGCAAGUUGGCCAGCGGGUUCCUCCAGGGCUGCUGGUGGCUGGGGGGCCGGGCCCUGGCUCCUCUGAGGAUCCUGCAGGCGCUGGGGGCGUGGCUGCAGGGGGCCCCGAGUCCUUGGUGACCUUCACAGUGCAGUGCACCUUCACCCUGGCCCUGAGGGCCCCAAGAGGAGCUGACCUGUCCAGCCUGCGGGCCCUGAUGAGCCAGGCCCUCCCUCCCCAGGCCCAGAGUGGGCAGCUCAGUUACCAAGACCCUAGUGACCGCGGGGGCUGGGUGCCCCUCACCGGGGAGGAGGCACUGCAGAGGGCCUGGCGGGGCGCGGCUGCCGGCCCUGGGGAGCUGCGGCUACGGUGCCAGGGAGUGGGCGGCCGGCCUGUCCUCUACCAGGUGGUGGCCCGGCACGGCUACUCCGCCCAGGGGCCCGAGGACCUGGCCCUGCAGCCAGGAGACACCGUGGACGUCCUGUGCGAAGUGGACCAGGCGUGGCUGGAGGGCCACUGCGACGGCCGCAUCGGUAUUUUCCCCAAGUGCUUCGUGGUCCCGGCCGUCCGACGCACAUGAGGAGCUUGGCGCUAAGAAGUCCGUGGCAAGGAGGGUUUAAUAAAGGCGA